CACACACGCCCACGCCCCCACACACUCAGACACCCAAACACAGCACGCGACUAAAGCCCGACUUUGAACAACAACGUGUUCGGGUUGUCAAGAAACCGGAUCUUUUUUGUUAAAAGCAAUAUUAUACCACUUCUUCAUCACUUUCACGUCGAGGAACCGACAUUAUAUUCGCAGUAUUUCUCUGUUUGUUUGUUUUUGGUGAGUCGAAACCAAAACUGCUAUUCUAAGAUUUGCAUUGAAAGAAAAGUUCGUGUUUUGCUUAUCAAGCGAAGUAAAUCGCCGUAAAAGCCGUUUGUGGUUGAAUCCGAUUAGUUUGUCUCAUGUCUGAUCAGAGUUCAGAUGAAGAUCUGGAUCCUGAGUCGGAACAGGCGGAGGAGCUCGCAGGAACCCUCAGCAAGUGGACCAACUAUAUCCAUGGAUGGCAGGACCGCUGGGUUGUACUGAAAAACAACACACUAAGCUACUAUAAGUCAGAGCAUGAGCGAGAGUAUGGCUGCAGAGGAUCACUCUGUCUCAGCAAAGCUGUCAUCAAGCCACACGAUUUCGACGAAUGCCGCUUUGACAUCAGUAUAAAUGACAACAUUUGGUACCUGCGGGCUGAAGACCCCGACCUCCGGAGCCAGUGGAUUGACACCAUUGAACUUCACAGGGCUGAGUCAGGUUAUGGUUCAGAAACUAGUCUGCGGCACCAUGGAUCCAUGUUGUCCCUCACUUCUGCCACCAGCGGCCUCUCAACGACCUCCACAUCUUCCUUAAAAAAAGGCAACAGUCUCAGAGAAAAGCUGGCAGAGAUGGAGACAUUCCGGGACAUUCUGUGCAGACAAGUGGACACACUGCAGCGUUACUUCGACAACUGUGCAAAUAGGGAUUAUAGAGAGGGUUUUUUCAGGGACAAAGUAAUCGAGGAUGAUGAAGAUGAUUUUUCCACCAUACAAAUUGAUGGAGACUACCUUCUCAACUACAAUAGCGGCAAAGAGAAGUUGUUCUUUAAUGCCAGCAUGAAAGCAGCCAUCGGCAUUGAUUUCAAAGGUGAAGCCAUCACUUUCAAAGCCACCACAGAAGGCAUACUCUCUACAAUGUCCCACUGCAUCGACAUCAUGGUCAAACGUGAGGAGAACUGGCAGAAGCGGCUGGAUAAAGAAAUGGAACAGAGGAAGAGAGUAGAAGAAUCAUACAAAUCAGCCAUAAGAGAACUGAAGAAGAAAUCUCACUACGGAGGUCCAGAUUAUGAAGAGGGGCCAAACAGUCUCAUCAAUGAAGAUGAAUUCUUUGAUGCUGUCGAAUUAGCUCUGGAUAAGCAAGACAAGAUUGAGGAGCAGUCUGAGAAAUGCAGGACGACUCGACCAGUUACACUGAACUCCACUAUUAAUGUUCACAAAUACACCAACAAGCCUCUUAGUCAUGCUUCUUCACUAUCCUCUCUCGACCUAGUCAGUGCUUCAGAUGAUGUGCACAGACUGAGUGCUCAGGUGGAGGAAAUUAUACACAGCCACAUGACCCAUUCCUUACAAGAUGUAGGUGGAGAUGCUAACUGGCAACUUGUCACUGAGGAGGGUGAGCUAAAGGUGUACAGAAGAGAGGUUGAGGAGAAUGGAAUUGUUUUGGACCCUCUCAAAGCUACACAUGCUGUUAAAGGGGUUACAGGUCAUGAGGUCUGUCAUUACUUCUGGGACACAGCCUUCAGGAAUGACUGGGAAACAACUGUCGAAAACUUCAGUGUGAUAGAGACGUUAUCAGACAAGGCAGUAAUUAUUUAUCAGACUCAUAAGAGGGUGUGGCCUGCUUCGCAAAGAGACGUCCUUUAUCUAUCAGUCAUCCGCAAAAUCCUCUCCACCAACGAGAAUGAACCCAAUACGUGGAUUGUGUGCAAUUUCUCUGUAGAUCAUGACAGCUAUCCACCCACAAACCGGUGUAUUCGUGCCAAAAUCAAUGUGGCCAUGAUCUGCCAGACGCUGGUCAGUCCACCAAAGGGCAACAAAGAGAUCAGCAGAGAUGAUAUCCUCUGUAAAAUAACUUACGUAGCCAAUGUGAAUCCAGGAGGAUGGGCACCAGCGUCCGUCUUGCGAGCAGUGGCCAAACGUGAAUAUCCAAAAUUCUUAAAGCGCUUCACGUCAUAUGUUCAAGAAAAGACCAGCGAUAAAGCAAUCCUUUUUUAAAAAUCAAACAGGUUGCCAGACAUUCAUUGGAGGCCUUAUCCAUCACUUCACCCUCUAAAUCUUAAGUCAUAUCCAAAAUCUAAAUUAAACCAGUCAUAUAUCACAGUGUUCUGGAUUAGGAAUAUCAAUGUUCUUAUACAGGCAUCCAGAAAAUCCCACGGUAUUUAUAGUGCACAUUGAUUACAUAUACAGUUGUGUCCUUUUACAUGUUGUGGGGACGGGUCCUGGUUGUUUUUGUCUGCUUUGUCUUUUAUAAGAGUUAAAGUGUUUACGUUGUAAAUAAUUGUAUUCCUAUUAUGCACAUUGUUUGGCUGUCUUUAUUAAAGAUUUAAAAACACUAUUAACUUGAAUACCAACUUGAAUUAAAAGCUUUCUUGGUUAUAACCGUU